CACCAUUACUUUGAUCCCCAUCUGUUACGUGGCGCUCAGAUUUGAAAGAGGCAUUGUACCCUUUCCUGCGCCGGGAGCGGGCCAAUGGACCGAUCACUCCUCCUUUUAACCUGCAUGUAGACCCCUUUACGAGACAGCAACCGUGGUCCACUCCCUGAUGCUCAUCUCGACAUUAGAAGUCGAAUGACAUCUAUUUUCAACAGAGAUCCAGAUGAAGUGGUCAGGCAAAUUCAGCAGCGGCAUACUCUACCGCGCCAAUCCACCGCACCCUCCUUUAUCGAUCUAACGGAGGACGAGCAAGUCCCUACGCCUGUCACAACUAUUCCCGCUCGGUCGCUGAGCGAUGGGAACAUCCCAGACUCUUGGACUUUGGCAAAUCCAUCGGUAUCCAGUCCGUCAGAACAGCUUUCAGAUAGUAACCCACCGGUUCCAACAGCAUCUUUACCAAAGAACCAAGUGUCCGAGACUGUACAGUCUGCUGAUGUAGAUCCAAACCCAACAUCACCCAUGGAAAUAGAUACCUCUGACACUCAUACCCCGGCCCCAUCUUCUUUCCAAGCAAAAAAGAAUGGAUCCCACGAUGCAGUACUUAGGGUUGUUGAGGCAGCUGUACGGUCCCGCAAGGGUACCCUGUCUGGACUGACCGGAAAUGGCAUUGCAAUCAACCCAAAGUUCUUGAGAGGAAAGAACCGAACUGGUCGCCCUCUUGCCCCUGCCGUUUCUGAGAGAGACUCGGCAUCAAAUAGAAGAAACAGCCCGCGGUUACCCACGAUACGAAAGACAUCGUCGUCAACGUCGAUAUCCUCAGUCGCUUCCGCGUCCUCCUCGACACAUUCCGUCGAUAAGCACCCAUGGAAAAUCCCAGCUACCGCGAAAUAUACCCAACCCUUUUCUUCCCCGCCAGCCGAAUUAAAUCUUGAAUGGCGUGAACCGCAAAUAGUUGUAGAAAAUGGACGACAGGAACGAAUCCUUUUUUCAGAUGCUUGGAUUUCACCGGAGGAACUGCGUGCCAACCUGCCCAAGUAUCGAUUCUGCGAAUAAUGCAACGCUUUUGCUAAAUUUGGAAGGUAAUCAUUUUGCCUGCUGUUUGACAUGUUCAGAACCUGCAUUAUGUUGUGAUUAUGUUUCUUGGAUGAUGAUGGGAUUUUUGUUCCUUUUUUGAAAUGGGAAUGCGCAUAAUGUUCUCAUUGGAAAAAAGAAUACUGUAGUAAGAGUUGGAAAUACAAUCACUGCGGUGCUAUUAUUCCCUCAAUGUCCUGGUUGCGCAUUUGCAAUACAUGAUUGAUCUUGCU